AUGUGGAUUCACCCGAGCUCAGACCAAAUGGUCCCCUCUGGGAAGCCCCCAACCAAACACGGGGUCCCAAGAAACCUCCUGCUUUGGUUUACAUCUGACUUGGUAUCUCCUCUCCUACUGAUGGAGCUUCCACGGCCGGCUCGGCCGGUCCUCCUGGCCAUCCUCCUCUUGUCGAUGGCCGCGCAUUCCACGCAGAUUACCUACGACGAGUUUCUGGACAAUAUCGAGAGCGUUCUUAACGGGUCCAAGCCCCUCGGCAAGAUUGACUCCAUGCUGUUCACGCAGGCCAAUCAGUACAACCUGGCUACCAGCAAUAAAGCCCGCGCCAAAUCCGCCUCCCACAGGUCGCCCUUCCGCAGUAACUCCAUUCGCGGCUCCUCUGCGACGGACCCUGGCGUCGGCAGUAGCAGCGGCAGUAUCGACGGCAAUAACGGCGGCAGUGGCAGCGGCAGUAGCGGCAGCAGCGUCGGCUUGGUCUCGCGUUUCUUUGGUAGUUUCUUAGGCGUCCGCACCACCACCAGCGCGACAACAUCGGGGUUUCCAAUUGGUCCUCCGCUGUCUACCUACCAAAACGGCGUGAAAUGGCUCAGCAGCAGCGCGGCAGGCAGCAAAUCUAACCGUGCUAAGCUAAACAUGUUACUGAAGCUGCUGGGUCAACCCAGCCUCGAUAAGGCUCUGGGAAAAAAACAAUCCGCUUUUUUUAUACCCUCGGAUGCGAAUGUUACGCUGGAAGCGGCGGGAGUUACAAACCUUACUGCUGCGCAAGAUAAUGUGCCGAGCACUGUUCCAACACCGGCGCAAGUUUCCGGGCAGAGUUAUGCGAUGAGUUACAGUGAGAGUUAUGCGAUGGAUUCCGGCACGGUUGGGGUGCUGGAGGAUGACGAGGAGAGACAUGGCGGGCGACAGUAUCGAAUCGAAUGCCACGAGGACGAGGAGGAGGACGACGACGAGCCGAUUUGCGUCGAACCAGUUGGAAGAGUGCGAAUCAUCAAAUACACCUCCCCCCAGAAUAUUUCUUACGUGCUGCUCCGAGCCAUAAGCAAGUGCUUGCCCGAUGUGCGCAAGGUGCAAAUCCGCAAUGCUGUGUAUGGGAAAACGGGGAAGCUUGUAUUGGAGAUGCCUGGUUCGUGGACGCUUGUGGAUCCAAUUCAAACCGAGCUGGUUAAGCACACCUUAAUCGCUAAUGCGAGCAGCGUGAUCGUUGCGAACGGGCAGACUUUGGAGAAGGCGGUGAUUACCAUGACCCAGGCGCCAUGGAACUACUACGCUAUCUUCACCACAGGAGCCAAGAAGAAUGGGGCGAUUAGGGGUCAACUGUGGAAGCCCUUUUGCCCUUGGUGUGCGAACUUCACGUUCACAGGGACGUAG